UAAUUCUUUUCCCUCUUUCCUCUAAAUUUCUCUCGUCUCUGUCUUCCUCAACAAACAAAGAGAUUCUAUUUUUGCUUUUGCUUUUAAUUUGCAAGUUUAGGUUCCUGCAUGAAUUGAGUUCUGAAGAUUAGUGGGUGUUUUGUUUCGAGUUACUUGAUGGAGAAGUUAACCGAUUUAGAACGCAUUGAGUUGAGCAAAACCAAUUUACGAAGAACUAUGAAUGAGAUUCAAGAUCGCGUUUCUUCCCUUCUUGUACUUAACCUUCGAUGGAAAGAUAUGGAACACGUUUUGGAGUCCGCUCAGAGUUCGGUUGAAGAACGACUCAGAGAAGUGAGUUCAAAAGAAGAUGAGAUCAGAAGAAAGGAGAAAUCGGUUAAAGACCAGUUUGAAGACCUUAAGGUUAAAGAGGAGGAGCUAGGAAGGCAAUUUAGGGAUUUGGAGUUGGGGAAGAAGUGUUAUGAAGAAAGGAAUAAACUAAACGAGGAUGAGUUUGUGUUUAAAGAGAAGGCGUUUGAGAAGAGUCGUCGGGAUUUUGAGUUAGAGAAGAAGGAUUUUGAGCGGCAGCGUGCAGAGCUUGAAUUUGGUGUAAAACAAUGUGAGCAGCAACUGAAAGAUGUUAAAUCGAUGGAGAAAUCGGUAAAAGAUAGGUUGGAGGAAGUUGGGCUGAAAGAGAAGAGUUUCGGGAAGCGUUGCAAGGAGUUUGAGUUGGAAGAAAAAGCUUUCGGAGAACGUCGUAGAGAUCUUGAAUUUAGUGUAAAACAAUGUGAGAAGCAAUGUGAAGAGGCUAAGUUGAAGGAGAAAUCGACAAAGGAAAGGUUGGAGGAAGUUGGGUUGAAAGAGAGAGAUUUGGAGAAGUGUUUGAGAGAUUUUAAGUUCAGAAAAGAGCAAUUUGGGUUGAAAGAGAAGCGUUUUUUGGAGCGUGCCAUUGAGUUUGAUUUGGAAGAAAAGGCUUUCAAAGAACGUUGUAGGGAUCAUGGGAUGAUAGAGAAAGGGGUGCAAAAGCGGUUGGAAGAGAUUAAGAAGAAAGAGGAAGAAUUCGGGCAGAAAGAGAGCGAUCUUGGGCGGCGUUGCAGGGAUGUUGAGUUGUCAGAGAAUUGCCUUCAAAAAGGUCUUAAAGAUCUAAAAUUGAAAUCUGCACAAUGUGAGGAGAGAUUCAGAGAGCUUAAGUUGAUGGAAGAAUCAAUAACAACCCAGUCUGAGGAGCUUAAAGGGAAAGAAGAGCAAAUUAGAUCGAAAAUGAAUCAUUUUGAGCAGCGUUCUAGGGAUUUUACAAUGAAGGAGACAUCUAUUGAAAAGGGUCAUCAAGAACUUGAAGCAAAACAGAAACAUAAUGAAGAGUGCUGGAGAGAAAUCAAAUUGAAAGAGAAGCAAAUAGAAGAAUCAUCUGUGGAACUGGCGAGAAAAUAAAUUACAAUUUGAAGAACUUGAAUAAAGUUAAGCAAUAUGAUCAGAGAUUCAUGGAGCUGAAGCUUAAGGAGAAAAUGGUUAAAGAUCAGUUUGAACAGGUUGAGGCCAAAGAGCAACAGCUUGGAUUGAAGAGAGGCAUUUUGAGCAGUGUUCAAAAGAUUUUGAGUUAAAAGAAAAAUGUCGUUCUCUAGAUUUUGAGUUGAAAGAAAAAUGUCUUGAGCAACGUAAUCGAGAGCUUGAAGCCAAAGAGAAGCAUUAUGAUGAAUGUAAGAGAAAAGUUGAACUAAGAGAGAAGGAGAUUGAAGAAUUAUCUGCAGAACAUAGGAGAAAGUAUGAGCAACAGUCCAACGAGCUUGAGUUCAAUGU